CGUCCCAGGAAGUGACGCAGCAGCGUCUGCGGCAGGAGCCUGCCGGAAGGGGAAGGUGUUGUCUGCUAGCGCCGCCCCUCUGCCUUCCUCGCCACCACGCAGUCAGUCCGAGGCCCGGCGGCGGCGGCGCGGGGAUGGCGCUGAGCCUCACGGUGAACGUGGGGAACCCUCCCCUUGGAGCCUUGCUGACUGUAGAGCAUGUGAAGAACGAUUUUGAAAUUUUAGUUGAAGAAGGCAAAGAGACCGUCCUCCGUAUAUCUGAUCAUGUUACAUUCACUGAUGCAAAUUCUAUAGCCCGCUAUCUUGCUAGAGUUGCCACUUCUGCUGGGCUAUAUGGUUCAAAUCUUUUGGAGCACACAGAGAUUGACCAUUGGCUGGAAUUCAGUGCUACAAAGUUAUCUGCUCCAUCCCAGUUCCCUUCAGCAAUCCAUGAACUCAAUCACUGCUUGUCUCUGAGAACCUAUUUGGUUGGGAAUUCCCUGAGUCUGGCAGACUUGUGUGUCUGGGCUGUACUAAAAGGCAGUAAUAUAUGGCAGGAAGAGUUGCAACAAAACAAAGCUCCAGUCCAUGUGAAACGCUGGUAUGACUUUCUUGAAGCACAGUGUGCCUUUCAGUCAGUGGGUACCAAGUGGGCUGCUGCUACACCAAAGACUAACGUGGCAACAGAGAAGAAACAGGAUGUUGGGAAAUUUGUUGAACUCCCAGGUGCAGAGGUGGGGAAGGUUAUUGUACGAUUUCCUCCUGAGGCCAGUGGGUACUUACAUAUUGGUCACGCAAAAGCUGCUCUGCUAAAUCAACACUAUCAGGUUAACUUUAAGGGAAAGCUCAUCAUGAGGUUUGAUGACACAAAUCCUGAAAAAGAAAAAGAAGACUUUGAAAAGGUUAUUCUGGAAGACGUUGCGAUGCUUCACAUCAAACCAGAUCAAUUUACAUAUACCUCAGAUCAUUUUGAAACAAUAAUGAAAUACGCAGAGAAGCUCAUUCAAGAAGGGAAAGCUUAUGUGGAUAACACUCCUGCAGAACAAAUGAAAAUGGAGCGUGAACAGAGGAAAGAAUCCAAACACAGAAAUAACUCUGUAGAAAAGAAUUUAGAAAUGUGGGAAGAAAUGAAAAAGGGAACAGAAUAUGGACAAACCUGUUGUCUACGAGCAAAAAUAGACAUGAGUUGCAACAAUGGAUGUAUGAGAGAUCCAACUCUUUAUCGUUGCAAAAACCAGCCACAUCCACGCACUGGAAAUACCUACAAGGUUUACCCUACAUAUGACUUCGCCUGCCCCAUUGUUGACAGUAUUGAAGGUGUUACACAUGCAUUGAGAACAACAGAAUACCAUGACAGAGAUGAACAGUUCUACUGGAUCAUUGAAGCCUUGGGUAUAAGGAAGCCAUACAUCUGGGAAUACAGCCGUCUGAACCUCAACAAUACUGUGCUAUCUAAAAGAAAGCUCACGUGGUUUGUCAAUGAAGGGCUGGUGGAUGGAUGGGAUGAUCCAAGAUUUCCCACUGUCCGUGGUGUGCUGAGAAGAGGUAUGACAGUUGAAGGAUUAAAACAGUUUAUUGCAGCACAAGGCUCCUCUCGAUCUGUUGUGAACAUGGAAUGGGACAAAAUUUGGGCAUUUAACAAAAAGGUUAUAGACCCAGUAGCACCUCGGUACACUGCUUUACUGAAAGAUGACGUCGUCACUGUGAACAUUCCUGAAGCUGUGGAGGAGAUGAAAGAAGUGGCCAAACACCCAAAGAAUCCUGAUGUUGGGUUGAAGCCAGUAUGGUAUGGCUCUAGAGUGCUGAUUGAGGGUGCAGACGCAGACACGCUGACGGAGGGAGAAAUGGUUACAUUCAUAAAUUGGGGCAACAUUAUUAUCACUAAGAUACACAGAAACUCAAACAGGAAAAUUGUAUCGAUUGAUGCCAAGCUGAACCUAGAGAACAAGGAUUACAAAAAAACUGCUAAGAUCACUUGGCUAACAAACACGCCAUCUGCACCUCUUAUCCCAUCUGUCUGUGUUAACUAUGAACAUCUCAUCACCAAACCAGUCCUGGGCAAAGAUGAAGAUUUCAAGCAGUAUGUCAACAGAAAUAGCAAGCAAGAAGAACUGAUGUUAGGUGAUCCCUGUCUUAAAGAAUUGAAAAAAGGGGACAUUAUACAGCUUCAGAGAAGAGGAUUCUUUAUUUGUGAUCAACCCUAUGAGCCAAUUAGCCCAUAUAGCUGUAAAGAGGCUCCGUGCAUUUUGAUUUAUAUCCCUGAUGGACACACAAAGGAAAUGCCAACAUCUGGCUCAAAGGAGAAAACCAAGGCAGAAACUGCAAAGAAAGAGGCUAGCUCUGCUUCCAAGGAAAAGCCUACUCCUCCAUUUGUUGCUGAUACCUCUACUGCACCUGCGGACCCUGUGGUACUUUACAACAGAGUGUCUGCUCAGGGUGAUGUGGUUCGUGACUUGAAAGCUAAGAAGGCAUCAAAGGAAGAUAUUGAUGCAGCUGUGAAACAGCUAUUGGCCUUGAAAGCAGAAUACAGGGAGAAGACUGGUCAGGAGUAUAAACCUGGAAGUCAUCCAGCAGCUGCUGCUUCAGUACCUAGUGUGCCCUCCAACCUUGAGACCUCCAGCAUGCUGGACAGCACAACUCUUUAUGAUAAAGUGGCAGAACAAGGGGAUAUGGUCCGGAAGCUUAAAGCUGAGAGAGCACCAAAAGAUCAGAUAGAUGCUGCAGUGAAAGUGCUUUUAACUCUAAAAUCAGAAUAUAAACAGCAGACAGGCCAGGAAUACAAACCUGGAAACCCACCUGCAACAGUGAUCCCUAGUAAAUCUUCACCAGUUUCUACUUCUACAUCUCCAUGCCCAACAGACAGCAAAUCUCUAUACAGUAAAGUAGCUGAACAAGGUGAAGUGGUCCGCAGACUUAAAUCUGAGAAGGCUUCAAAGGAGCAGAUAGAUGAUGCCGUGAAAGUGCUUUUAACUUUAAAGGCAGAAUAUAAACAAAAGACAGGCCAAGAAUACAAACCAGGAAAUCCACCUGCAUCUUCUCUUUGUACAUCAUCUUCUGCUUCUUUUCUGUCUACUUCCUGCAAUAAUUUGACAUCUUCUAGCUCAGUAGAUAGCAAAAUGCUUUAUGAUAAAGUAGCUGAACAAGGGGAGGUGGUUCGCAGUCUCAAAGCAGAAAAAGCUUCAAAGGAUAAAGUGGAUGAAGCUGUCAGGCUCCUCCUGUCUCUAAAGGCAGAAUAUAAAGAAAAGACUGGACAAGAUUACAAGCCAGGUCAUCCACCAGCAGCUCAGACAUCUGCUUCACCCCAGGCAACAAGCAUAGAAACCAGUGGUUCAGACACACCAGAAGCCAAAGCCCUGUAUGACAAGGUGGCUCUUCAAGGAGAAGUAGUUCGAAAACUAAAAGCAGAGAAAGCAGAAAAGGACAAAAUAGAUGCAGCAGUGCAGGAACUCCUUCAGCUGAAGGCCCAGUACAAGUCUUUUGCUGGAGUAGACUAUAAACCUGCCUCGAUGACUGGCAUUGAGGAUAAAGAUAAGAAAAAGAAAGAGAAGGAAAAUAAGUCUGAAAAGCAGAAUAAGCAACAGAAACAAAAUGAAACCCCAAAGAAAGAAUCUCCGAAAGAACAGUGUGCCAAUGACCUCUCUUCAAAUGGAGCAGGAGAAGGUCAAGGCCCUAAGAAACAGACCAGGCUGGGACUUGAAGCUAAAAAAGAAGAAAAUCUUGCUGAUUGGUUCUCUCAGGUGAUCACAAAAUCAGAGAUGAUUGAAUACUACGACGUGAGUGGCUGCUAUGUUCUUCGUCCAUGGGCUUAUGCGAUCUGGGAAGCCAUUAGAGAUUUCUUCGACACUGAGAUAAAAAAACUUGGUGUGGAAAACUGCUAUUUCCCUAUGUUUGUGUCUCAGGCUGCACUAGAGAAAGAAAAAACUCAUAUAGCUGACUUUGCCCCCGAGGUUGCUUGGGUUACAAGGUCUGGCAAAACCGAACUGGCUGAGCCAAUUGCUGUACGUCCUACAAGUGAAACAGUUAUGUAUCCUGCCUAUGCAAAAUGGGUGCAGUCUCACCGAGAUCUUCCUAUCAAGCUUAAUCAGUGGUGCAAUGUAGUGCGUUGGGAGUUCAAACAUCCCCAACCCUUCCUCCGCACUCGUGAAUUCCUUUGGCAGGAAGGACACACUGCAUUUGCCACUUACGAAGAAGCAGCAGAGGAGGUAUUACAGAUUCUUGAUCUGUAUGCUAGAGUAUAUGAAGAAUUCUUAGCAAUACCUGUUGUGAAAGGAAGAAAAACUGAAAAAGAGAAAUUUGCAGGCGGUGACUAUACAACAACAGUGGAGGCAUAUAUAUCUGCUAGUGGAAGAGCUAUCCAGGGAGCAACAUCCCAUCAUCUUGGGCAGAAUUUUUCUAAGAUGUUUGAGAUUGUGUUUGAGGAUCCCAAGAAGCCAGGCGAGAAACAGUUAGCUUAUCAGAACUCUUGGGGCAUUACAACUCGGACCAUUGGUGUAAUGACCAUGAUUCAUGGAGAUAAUAUGGGGCUGGUACUGCCACCUCGGGUAGCUUGUGUUCAGGUUAUAAUUAUUCCUUGUGGCAUCACAAAUUCACUUUCUGAGGAAGACAAAGAUGCCCUGCUGAAGAAAUGCAAUGACUACCUUAAGAGGCUGCUCAGUGUUAAUAUUCGUGUCCGUGCUGACUUAAGAGACAAUUAUUCACCUGGUUGGAAGUUCAAUCACUGGGAGCUAAAGGGUGUUCCAAUUAGGCUGGAAGUGGGACCACGAGAUAUGAAGAACCAUCAGUUUGUUGCUGUCAGAAGAGACACAGGACAGAAGUUGACAUUUGCUGAAGAUGAGACAGAGGAUAAACUCAGCCAGAUUUUGGAGGAGAUCCAUGCUAACCUCUACAACAGAGCAUUUGAAGACCUGAAAAAUCACAUGGUGGUGUCUAAUGAUAUGGAUGACUUUCAAAAAGAACUUGAUUCCGGAAAGAUUGUGCAGAUUCCCUUUUGUGGGGAGAUUGAAUGUGAGGACUGGAUCAAGAAAACUACUGCCAGGGAUCAAGAUCUUGAGCCUGGUGCCCCAUCCAUGGGAGCAAAAAGUCUCUGCAUCCCCUUCAAACCUCUCUGUGAGCUGCAGGCUGGAACAAAAUGUGUGUGUGGCAAGAACCCUGCCAAGUUCUACACUCUGUUUGGCCGUAGUUACUAAACUGCUAGUGAAAGCACCUUAUCUCUGAAUUCAGCUUUUUUUAAUGAGACUGAAGUAUCCCCAGAACUUAUCAGUUUUGUGACUUCUUUUUAAAGAAUUCGAAAAACAAAGCCAUAAACUAUAAAAAAUAAAUAAAUAAAUAAAAUAAAUCCCCCAGUCAUCAGUCCUAGACUAGCAGUAAUGCACAGACUUUUCUGUAAACAUCUCUAAUAAUAAAUAUGUAUUGUGAGC